AUGGGUAAUAUUGCUUCAAAGAAAAGAAAAGAUCACAGACCUAGUGUGGUUCGUUCUGAAAUACCUGAUAAUGAGAUAUCCAAUGCUACAGCAACCUCUAUUAACUCUAUCUUGGUCAACUCGAGUGUUGGACGACCUUCUACUACUUCUAUACCAAAGGCACAACAUGCUUUUGAACCGCCAUUACAUAGCCCAACUGCGGAGAAUCAACUGACGUUUACAUCGCAAAAUCAAUUGACGGCCACAUCUAUUCGAUCUAUAGGCUGGAACUUGGAUAUUGAUGAGUGUAUCAACCGUCUAUUGGAUGUAGGCACGAAGAGUAAAGUGACAAAGAGUAUCUGUUUUAGGAAUUCCGAAAUUGUGGCUAUUUGUCGUGCUGCGCAAGAAGUAUUUUUGACUCAAUCGGGUGGAUUUCCUCCUGAUUCAAACUAUUUGUUUCUUGGUGAUUAUGUAGACAGGGGAAAACAAAGUUUAGAGACCAUUUUACUGCUGUUUUGCUAUAAAAUCAAAUAUCCUGAAAACUUCUUUUUACUCAGAGGAAACCAUGAAUGCGCGAAUGUCACACGAGUCUAUGGAUUCUAUGACGAGUGUAAACGGAGGACAAAUACAAAGGUUUGGAAGACAUUUGUAGACGUAUUCAAUACGUUACCUAUAGCAGCAUUGGUAGCAGGUAAAAUAUUUUGUGUGCAUGGUGGUCUAAGUCCUUCACUGCAUAAUAUGGAUGAUGUACGAAACAUUAUGCGGCCUACAGAUGUACCCGAAUAUGGCUUACUCAAUGAUCUUUUAUGGUCCGAUCCAUCUGAUACAGCAGCUGAAUGGGAAGACAAUGAACGAGGUGUAUCUUAUUGCUUUGGCAAGAAGAUUGUCAAUGAAUUUCUGGCUAAAUAUGACCUGGACUUGGUCUGUAGAGCACAUAUGGUUGUAGAAGAUGGAUAUCAAUUCUUUAAUGAACGUACACUUGUCACUGUCUUUAGUGCGCCGAAUUAUUGUGGUGAAUUUGAUAAUUUUGGUGCUAUUAUGAGUAUCAAUGAAGAGCUGUUAUGUAGUUUUGAACUAUUGACACCCAUGGAACAUCCCUCAGCCGCCAAACUACAAGAGGCUCAAAGAAAUAAAGGAAGGAGACCAAGUCCUCCUAUGAUAGGGCCCUUACCAGUUCCUGAAGAAGAAAUCCAACAGUAA